AUCAACAAACCCAUCGCUACUAUAACGCUAGCGUCAGAUGGUUAACUAGUUUGGUGGUCGUUUUUUUUUGUUUUGUUUUACUUCCUAAAGGGCUCCGGGUUCUUGUGCAGAAAUUGUGAAAUAAAAGAGGAAAAAACUGCCAUCUGAGAAGCGACAAAGAAAUGAAAGGGAUCGUAUUGGAAAAACUCCCACCCCUAAAAAGAGAAGGCUUCAGCUACAGUUCACCUUCUCCCUUUAGACUACAGGAAGGCAAGGAGAGAAAGGGGGCAGCGAUGAAAGACUGCGAGCAAGAUGGUUUCACCUGUAACAACUGGCCAGAUCCUUUCCCAAGGAGGCACAACUCUGGCACUGCCAGGCCAAAAAUAUAUUCUGGGGAAGAGCAAAAUGUUCCCAUGGGGAAACGACAUGAAAUGGACACUGUCGUCACUUCAAAACCUGGAUGCCACCAAAUGGCAUUUAACCAAAGCAAGUGCCAAGCAGACACUGAUUACUUCAUACGAACAGAUGAAAGGGGCGUUGAUUGCCUUAAGGAGCACUGGGAAAGCAGUAAAAAAGUUAGUAACAGAAGACAGGAGAAACACAAGAAUAAGUUGGAGCUUUUUGAUACUGACUCGAAUGACCUACCCCGAGAAAGAGUUGAAGCGUAUAGUAAAUCUCUCAGUGGGUAUCAGAAGGGCCAACACAGACUUUAUGAGGACGAGAUCCGUCUAACAAAGGUAAUAAAAAAAAAGGAAAUGUUAUUAAAAGAAAAGCUGGAAAAAGUAGCAGAAACACUGAGGAAGAAUCAACUAAGAAGUGGAUAUGAAGACAAGGUGAAAAGUGAGGAGGAAAGGAACAGAUUGAAAGCAGAAAACAGGUUGUAUUAUACAGAGAAAGGAAACUGGGACUGGGAGAGUGCCAGAGACAGGGCUUUAGGUGGAGGUAGGUAUAAAGAACAACAAGAAGAAUAUGAUGACUCGGUUAGAAGGAAAGAUAGUGUAGGAAAACAGGAACAUGUGAAAGGGACAAAUGCUGGACAAAAGCAAAAAAAGAGAGAGGGAUCAGAGUGUGAAAACAGAGGAAUAAAUACACAGAGAAGCACAGAGAAUGAGGAAGAGGAAUAUGACCAUUUUGAAGAAAUGAACAGGAAUACACAGGAAAGGACAAGAACCGAAAAAGUCAAAACGAGGAGAGAAAAAGCAGUGGAACAGCAAGGGAAUGAUUUGGGAGAAUGGGAUCAGAGAAAUUUGAAGAAGAGAGAAAUAGUGAGAAAGAAUGAUGCAGAAAUGAGAAGACCUGGACGAGCAAAUCCUAAAAGAGGUAUAGGCGAUGAGGAUCAGCAGUGGGACCUAAUGGACAAGCUUGCUUCAACUUCACAAAUGAAAAUAAAAGCUGUUUCCAAGCAUGGCCAAACAAAUAUACUUACAGAGGAACAUUUGGAAAGUCAAGAGUGUGUGCAUCAGUACAGUAACAGGACUACAGAGGAGAUGCCUCUCAAAAAGGGACUUUCUGAAGCUGGUCCAAGUAAUCAAAACAACAAAAGUCUCCAGCAAGUGCUGCCUAAUCCAGAAAGCAGUCCUGACACCAAUGUCCGACGUGUCCCUUGUAAAUCAUGUCAUAAAUAUUUUACAGAAGAUCGUGUGGCGCGGCAUUUCAAAAUUUGUUUGAAAAUACAAGAAAACAAACGUCAAGUCUACAACGCCUCAUUCUACCGGGCCAAAGGCACCCAGCUAGAGGAGUUUUUGAUGUCAAAGGGUCAACAAAAAUCCCCAGAGUGUUCCCAGCCCAAGAAAAGCAGUUGGCAUCAGAAACAAGAGGAUUUGAUUUGCAACUUACGUCAAGCUCGUGCUCCUGCACCAGGAGGCUUACAGCCAAAUGCAGAUCUGUAUUCAGAUUAUGUAACCUGUCCCCAUUGCACCAGACGAUUUGCCUCUGGACAAGCUGAGAGGCACAUCCAGAAGUGUCAGUACAUUAAGAACAUACCUCGACCUUCCAAGCGCCGUUAAACCUGACAGCAACAGUUGUAUAUUGAAUAGUGAUGGGGCUCACCAGGCGAUUGCAAUUCCAUAGGUUACAAGGUUGCAAUUUCGUGUUUUGAACAUCUUUUUUUUUUCUUCAGAUUUUGCUACAAUUGUAAGACCUUGAACCUUAAAAAAACUUAAAAGUUUUAUACCUUGGCUUUAUUCAUCAACUUCACAACUGAAUUGGACAUGAGCAAUAAAACAUAGCUCAUUCCUUAUAACGAAUUUGUAAAUUAAAACCAAGGCAGCAUUUAAACAAUACAAACUAACUUCAAAUAC